AAAUCAGGGCCGGGGCCGGGCUCCUCAGGAAGGCUCUGCCGCCCAGCAUGGAGGGUCCGGCCCGGCUCCUCACCUCCCUCCUGCUGCUGCUCGUAGGCUGCCUCGGCGCCUGCCGGGCCGGCCUCUACUUCAGGGAGGGUCAGAGCUGCUACCGGCCGGCCCCGCGCAGGGCCCUGGGGCUGAGAACCUACCCCCGGCCUCACGAGUACCUGGACGUCUCUACGCUACCAGAAAGCUGGGACUGGAGGAAUGUUAAUGGCAUCAACUACGCCAGCACCACUCGGAACCAGCACAUCCCACAGUACUGCGGGUCCUGCUGGGCGCACGGGAGCACCAGCGCCUUAGCAGAUCGAAUCAACAUAAAGAGAAAAGGUGCAUGGCCUUCUGCCUACCUCUCUGUACAGAAUGUGAUUGAUUGUGCUAACGCGGGAUCCUGUGAAGGUGGAGACCACACAGGUGUUUGGAUGUAUGCCCAUGACCACGGCAUUCCAGAUGAGACCUGUAACAACUACCAAGCUAAGAAUCAAAAAUGCAAGAAGUUUAACCAGUGUGGAACCUGUGUCACUUUUGGAGAAUGCCAUGUGAUAAAGAACUAUACUCUCUGGAAAGUUGCUGACUAUGGUUCUGUCAGUGGAAGGGAAAAAAUGAUGGCAGAAAUCUAUAAGAAUGGACCAAUUAGCUGUGGUAUAAUGGCUACUGAAAAGCUGGAUGCUUACACUGGAGGACUCUAUACAGAGUACAACCCUUCACCUACCGUGAAUCAUAUCGUAUCUGUGGCCGGCUGGGGUGUAGAAAAUGGAACAGAAUACUGGAUUGUUCGUAAUUCAUGGGGUGAACCCUGGGGUGAAAGAGGGUGGCUGAGAAUUGUGACAAGUGCAUAUAAAGGUGGAAGAGGAGCACAGUACAAUCUUGCUAUUGAAGAGGACUGUGCGUAUGGAGAUGUUUUACUUCCUUGAUUCUAUACUGUACAUUUUUCUGUUUAAAGAAUAGUCUAAAACUUUCACUGCUCAACUUUCAGGCAGUUUACAGAAUUAGUCCAGAUAACACAACACACAGUAUUAAAAAUAAAAUACAGGUUGCCUUCAGAUAACUACUUAAAUUUUUUUAAAAAUAAAGUAAUUUACCCCUGAAAAAGUGUUGUCUGCUUUGCACAGUAUUUAAAUCAUAUAGUUUCUGUAAGACAAUAUGUAAAUUUGUGUAUAAAUAUAUAUAUUUUAAAAAUACAAAUUAUGCAGAUGUAACUAAAAAAACUAUGUGCACUAUAUUUACGCUAAACUAACAGUAGUGAGGAAAAUAUUAUACAAAUAUGCAGAUAUAAAAAAAGCUAAGACCAGACAUUUUACAUUCAAAAACUAAAUCUCCCUGUUGUAUCCUUGGCUUUCUGGUGAAAAAAUAUUGCUGGAAGUCUCGUGAUUCUGUUGCUUUUAUCCAACCAAAAUUACAAUAGGAAUGUUGAUCAAAAGAUGUUAAAAGUACUUAUCUACUUA